CUACCCUUACCGGAAGUUUAGCUUUUGUUGUCACACUGGAAGAAAAUGGCUGCUGCUGGUUUGAAUGGUCUCUCUAUGGAGGUGACGGUGUGGGGCUAAGGACAGCUACGUCUGCUGCUGACGGUCACUCACCCAGCUACCGGUGGCAGACCACAAUGCAACAAGUUUUGGAAUAUGCUUUGGAUCGGGCUGAGUACAUUGUUGAAAGUGCUCGUCAACAGCCAGCCAAGAGGAGAGCGUUGUCCGGAGGGAGGAAGAGUUUAUACCAGAAACUAUACGAGCUCUACAUCGAAGAGUGUGAGAAGGAACCAGAGCUCAAGAAGCUGUGUAGGAAUGUCAACCUGCUGGAGAAGCUGGUGUCUCAGGAGUCAGUGUCAUGUCUGGUGGUCAACCUUUACCCCGGCAACCAGGGAUACUCCCUCAUGCUACGCGGCAAGAAUGGAUCUGACUCUGAGACGAUCCGUCUGCCGUACGAGGAAGGACAGCUGUUGGAGUACCUGGAUGCUGAGGAGCUUCCUCCUAUCCUGGUGGAUCUCUUGGAGAAGUCCCAGGUGAACAUCUUCCACUGUGGUUGUGUGGUAGCAGAGGUCAGAGACUACAGACAGUCUGGCAACACUAAGGUCCCCUCCUUCCAGAGCAGACACGUACUGCUACGGCCUACCAUGCAGACCCUGAUCUGUGAUGUCCAUGCCAUGACCAGUGACCACCACAAAUGGACACAGGAUGAUAAGUUUCAGUUGGAGAGCCAGUUACUGCUGGCCACAGCUGAUCCUCUGUGUCUGGAUCCAUGUAUCUCUGUCACCUGCACAGCCAACCGCCUGCUCUACAACAAGCAGAAGAUGAACACGCGCUCCAUGAAACGUUGUUUUAAGCGUCACUCUCGGGCGGCGCUGAACCGUCAGCAGGAGCUAUCCUACCUGCCCGUGCCCCCCCAGCUGCGUCUCUAUGACUACCUGCAGAGGAGGAAGGAGAGGAAACCUGCCCCCUCGAUAGACCUUAAGAUCUCCAAGGCCGGAAACUGUGUGGACAUGUGGAAGCAGAGCUACUGCCAGCUCACUGUCCCCAGGGAGAUUGAUGUAGAGAAAUAUGCAGUGGUAGAGAAGUCAGUGAAGCUGGAGGAAUCUCAACCCACUGUCUGGCCUGCAGAGGAAGUGAUAGAUGACUAUACGUUUGAGUGUGAGGUGGGGGGCCAGGCCCAAAGGACCAAGGUGUCCAUCUUCCAGUCGGUGGGAGACCCUCUGGUCUACGGAAAGAUCUACUGCGCCAAAGAACCCAAAGCUGAGGAGGACAGAAACGACCUUCACCUCAUACACCCACCGUUCCUAAUAGGCUCAAAGAGAGAUGCUGAUCGAUUUCUAUCCCAGUAUAAGGGUGUGUAUGAGCGGGACGUGAAGUGCCAGGUGAAAAUGUCUCAUAACUCAGGCAUCAUGGGACAGAACCAACUCUCACCCAGCAGAGAGACAGAGGUGGAUGGUCUAUCAGCCUUGGUUCAGUCAUCAGGUGUGUUGGGGAAGGGGGUGAAACACCGGCCUCCCCCCAUCAAACUACCCUCCGGGUCGGGCAGCAGCUCCUCAGGUAACCUGUAUAGUUCACCGCAGGCUACCAGUGGUCUCCUCAAGUGUCCUACGCCCCCCCCAGGAACAGGCCCCGGCUCAGUCAAGCCCCAGUCUCUGAGUAGGAAGCACUCUCUGGAGCUGGGGCAGGGGUUACAGGUCGGGGGGCAGUUGGGACAGGUAGGGCUGUUGUCUCCGGCAGCCCUGUCUCCAUUGGUAUCAACACAGAGAUCGGGGACAUCCAAGCCGUCCACCCCCACCAACACCCCUUGUUCCACCCCUCAUCCCCCCGACUCCCUCCUCUCCCUCCCUCCCUCUGUCACCGCCACCCCUCUGGACUCCCAGCCCCUCCUGUCCCCCUACCCCUCCCAGCAGCAGCUGUCCCUGUCCCAGGCUCUGCCUGUAAUAACCAUCCCUCUACCCACCAUGGGAACCUCCAUCACAACGGGAACAACCACCUCCUCUCAGGUCAUGGCUAACCCUGCUGGACUUAACUUCAUUAACGUAGUGGGAUCUGUCUGCAGUCCCCAGACUCAGAUGUUGGGUCCUGGUCUCAACCUGAGGGGUCUAGGAGGACACAUGCCUACCACACAGUCAGGGAGUCCGUUUGGUUUGAACAGCUGUCCAGACCUUAGACCACUCAACCUGCUCCAGAUCCCUACAGGUCCUCUGAUCUUUAACUCAGUGCAGCAACAGCAGCUCUCCCAGUUCUCUCCUCAACAGAGCCGGUCUGCUACGUCUAGCCCACAGCAACAAGGAGACACGGGUGAUCAGGGGUCAGACCAGGGUGUGGGUGCUCAACAGACUGCUGUCAUCAACCUGACUGGAGUAGGAGGCUUCAUGUCCCCACAGACAGCAGUUGCAAUUCUUGCACCACCAAAUGCAGCAGCAGCAAAUGGCUAUGGGGGGGGCGGUCCCUCAGGGGGCGUCGCCACGGCUACAUACCGCCAGCCAACCAAGAAGUAAGAGGAAGAGGAGCAUGCUGCAGCCCCUCCCCAAAUCAUGACAAUGACGAACCCCCUCACACCCCUCCCCAGCCAACCAAGAGGAGCAUGCUGCAGCCCCUCCCCAAAUCAUGACAAUGACGCACCCCCCUCCUCCCCCCCAGCCAACCAGGAGGAGCACACCGCAGCCCCUCCCCAAAUCAUGACAAUGACGCACCCCCCCUCCUCCCCCAGCCAACCAGGAGGAGCACACCGCAGCCCCUCCCCAAAUCAUGACAAUGACGCACCCCCAUCCUCCCCCCCAGCCAACCAGGAGGAGCACACCGCAGCCCCUCCCCAAAUCAUGACAAUGACACCCCCCCCUCCUCCCCCAGCCAACCAGGAGGAGCACACCGCAGCCCCUCCCCAAAUCAUGACAAUGACACACCCCCUCCUCCCCCCCAGCCAACCAGGAGGAGCACACCGCAGCCCCUCCCCAAAUCAUGACAAUGACGCACCCCCCUCCUCCCCCCCAGCCAACCAAGAGGAGCAAUGCCAUGGCCCCUCCCCAAAUCAUGAUGGAGAGAACUUCACACACAACCCCUGGACGCCUCCAUAAUGUCCUCUCAUUUAGGAGACAAAAAUACUUUUGUUUUUCUUUGUCCUUUAGUAGCUGUGAGAUGAUGAAAUGUAUGAUGUAAUAAUGACUGUUUGGUUGGCGUGCAAGCCUGAACCACGUCCUGACGAUCGUACAACAAGGGUUUUUAGAAGUAGGGAACCUACUUUUUUUUAAAUAACCUUUUUUUUUUUUUUUUAUGAGUUAGAAAA